AUGGAGAGACCGUUUGCACUUCCCUAUGAUGUAUCACCAAUAUACCAUCCGUUUUCAAAGCUAACUAUGGAUCACUCAAUGAUGCCGGUAAUUUCAAUAACCCGAACUCGGCGUUGCUCUGUUAGUUCCCCACUUCGAUUUACUCGUACAUUUUCUGAAGAUUCGUUGGAUUCGUUGGAGAAGAAUGGUCGGAAAGAAUUGAGAAGGCAACGAAUCAUGGAGAACGGUAGCAGUAUUGAUCAGGAGAAAAAUUGUCUGAGUCCCCUUACUCAUACUACUUGCCCACAUUUGGGUCAAAUGGGUCGUUCAAGAACCGAAUGUCCAGAGGUGGAGAGUCUUCGUCUUCCGCUUAUGGCUAAACGAUCUGCAGGAGAUCUUUCGUGUCCACCAUCACCGACUCGUCGCAAUUUGAACGAAGUCAUCGGGUUGACUGCAUAUCAGCAAAAGCUUCUCACUCAAAGCUGGCCAAACAUCUUCACCACCGGAGCCAGCGGCCCAUUUGCUAACAGCCUGUUUGCCACAUUGAGUGCACGGAAUGCCAAAGCAAAGGAGCUGCUGACAAAGGCCAAUGGAGUAGCUGUAUUUGCAAAAAGCGACAUGGACUGCAGCAUGAUGCACUGUCGGGUUACUGUAGAAGUGUUGGAUACUGUCAUCAAAAACUUGGACGCUGAUCACUCUCGUGUUACUCAGUACCUGACCGAAGUCGGAAAACAACAUCGUCAUCUGAAAGCAGAGGGUCUCUCGAGUGCUGUCUGGGAUGAUCUAGGUGAUACAAUCAUGGAUUGUGCUCGUCGUCGGUGUGAGGCAGUUAGAAAGCACAAAGAACUCAGACGCGCAUGGUUGGCAAUCAUCGCCUACAUUAUGGACAAUCUUAAACAGGGACAGUCAGUAACUCGAGCCAGCUCUAGCUACGACUUGACCAAUGAUUCGUCUAAAAUUCCAUGCUCAAAGAAGAACUCGGGCAACUAA